AGGCGGCGGCGGAAGAGGCGGCGCCAGGCUCGGCGUGGAAGAGAGCGAGGAAGCCAGGCUGCUUUGGCCGGAAAAAGCCCAGCAAAUGGGUCGCAAAAAGAAGAGACGCGAUGCAUCCUCCGCACUCCGGAGGAUCGUCACUUUCGACGAGGAAAACCGGCGUGAGUACCUGACCGGCUUCCACAAACGUAAGGUUGAGAGGAGGAAAAUAGCCAUGGAGGAGAUCAGGCGCAAGCUGAAGGAAGAACAGAAGAAAAUGAAGGAAGAGAGACAUAAGGAAUACAUGAAAAUGUUGAAGGAAAGAGAAGAUGCCUUAGAGGAAGCUGAUGAAUUAGAGCAUCUGGUGACAUCCCGGACAGAGUCUGUGAGCUACGACCACCCAGGCCACACGGUCACCGUUACUACAGUCAGUGACCUGGACCUUUCAGGAGCACGCCUUCUAGGACUGGACGCCCAGGAGGAGAAGGGAGAAGAAGGUGGCGUGGAAAAAGAGGAUACCUCCAACCAGCCUACAUUGCCUAAGAAAUCUAAAGAACCUUUGCUGUCUCAGAGGAUCUCUUCACUCACUGCCUCAUUGCAUUCCCGGAGUCAGAGAAAGAAGAAAGGAAAGCUGACAAGACACAAUCAAGGCAAAAAGAAGCCAGUCCAGAAACCUACUGCCGGACGUACAAGCAAGAGACAGCGCCGGAAAAUGACAGGCAAAAGGAGGCACAUCCAGGAAUGAAGGGCAAAUAGGAGUGAAGAUGGUGGGACCAUGGAGGACCGUGUAGAUCACAUUGCUGGGAUGCAGAGAAAGGCCAUUUUUAUAUGAAUGAAGACUCAGAGCUUGGAAAUUUUUACAUUUUUGGACUCAGAAUUUCCUACCCAGCUAUUUAGUCUCACCCAUUUGUACCUGGAGAUCUGAUGCUAUGAACACUGACUGGUCAAAUCCAUAUUUAAAGAGAUAAAUGCAUACCUCAGGAUUGGGAAUCACACAGCCAUUGGGAAUGUACCAUCCUUGAUAUCCUCCACUGACUCUCUCCUUAAAGACUGGACCCCAUAUUUUGGCCAAAGAAUGACAUUUUCCUCUGCCAAACACAUUUAAAAUAUUUUAAAAAUCUUAAUGGGGUUAUUACGUACCAUUUAGAGAGAACACCAGGCAUACAAGUCACUCCUUCUCCCAAAAUGGAAACCAUAGUGACACCAUAUAACUAGAGCUCUUUCUGGAGGUGAUGAAGAUGUAGCCCCCUUGAUCUCUGAAACAUGACCAUGUCAAUCUUUCUGGAGGUGAUGAAGAUGUAGCCCCCUUGAUCUCUGAAACAUGACCAUGUCAAUCUGAAGGACCUUAUCCCAUCCUCCUGUGCAUAUCUUUUCCGUCUUUAUAAAUCUCUUUUUUAAAAUUA